GUCGUCCUUCUUUUCUGUUCGCUACCUCUUUCAGUGCGUCGUCCUUCUCGAUCGCCACGUUCCGCUCGCUCAGUUCCAUAUUCGAAUCCCUAUUUGGACAUCUCCUAUAAUUUCUAUAAUUCGCAUUCCAAGCCAUGCGUUACUCGUUUGCUCUCGCUGCCGUUGCGGCCGUCACCCCCAUUGUUAGCGCCCAUGGAGCCGGUAUCCCUAGCAUUGUCGGUCUCGACCCAAAGGACGUCAGGGCGCGUGACCUGCUCUCCCGCACUGGAGCCCGAUUCGCCGGAGUCCACGAGAUCAUGAGGCGCAAGCACCAUGCCAAAGUUCAGAAUGCCCGCCGCCAGGAUGAUCGCCAGUGCGGUGCCGGCAUCGGCUCCUGCGCUGCUGGCGAGUGCUGCUCCAGUGCUGGCUACUGCGGAACGGAUGGUGACUACUGCUUCUCCCCGGGUUGCGACUAUGAGCAUGGCCCCGCCUGCCCAGAGAACAUCACCCCUGGAGGCACAAACACCUCUUCUAUCGCCCGCACCAAGCUCGGCAACGUCGACUAUGGCGGCAAUGGCAUCUACAGCUGUACCCAGCCAGGAACCGUUGCCCUCACCUACGACGAUGGCCCACAGAAGGUUUUCACUAGCCACAUUCUGGAUGUCAUGGCUACCUACAAUGCCAAGGCUACCUUUUUCAUUACUGGAAACAACAUCAACAAGGGCCAGAUUGACAUUACUCCUGAAUUCGUCUCCGUCAUCAAGCGUAUGGACUCCGAGGGCCACCAGAUUGCCUCGCACACCUGGACUCACUUGGACCUGAGCGCCAUUUCCAAGCAGGACCGCUACAACCAGAUGAUCAAGAACGAGAUGGCUCUCCGCAACAUUGUUGGCAAGAUCCCCACCUACAUGCGUCCUCCCUACUCUAGCUGCACUGCCGAGUCUGGCUGCGAGCAGGAUCUGGCUGACCUUGGUUACCACGUCACCUACUUCGACUUGGACACUGAUGACUAUGAGCAUGAUAGCCCUACUCUGAUUCAAUACUCCAAGGACGUUUUCAAGGGUAACGUCACCUCGACAACGCCUGCCAACGGCCAAUGGCUCGAGAUUGGCCACGACAUCCACGAGCAGACUGCCAUGAACCUGACCGCAUACAUGCUUUCCACCCUCACCCAGCUCGGCUACAAGGCUGUUACCGUUGGCGAGUGCCUUGGCGACCCUGUCUCAAACUGGUACCGCACUGCUGGAGGUGCUGGAACUGGCAACCAGCCCACUACCACAAAGCCCUCUACCCCUGCCGCUUCCACCCCUGCCUCGACUACUCCUAAGAAGGUAUCCACCGAUGCUACUUGCGGUGGAACUAAAGGAUUCACCUGUGCGGGCUCCACCUUUGGCAACUGCUGCAGCGUAAACGGCUGGUGCGGUAGCACUGCUGCCUACUGCGGUACCGGCUGUCAAACAGCUUUUGGUAACUGCGGCAGCAAUGGUGCUGUCCCUUCCAAGGCCGCCACUCCUACGUCCUCCAAACCCGCCACUCCUACGACCUCCAAAUCCGCCACUCACAAGCCCACCCCUUCUGCUGCCCUCAAGGUCUCCACCGACGCAACCUGCGGUGGAAAAACAGGCUUCACCUGCUCUGGUUCGACCUUUGGCAACUGCUGCAGUGUCAAUGGCUGGUGUGGUAGCACAGCCGCUUAUUGCGGUACUGGCUGCCAGUCCGCCUUUGGCAAGUGCACUUAA